AUGCGUGUGGUGGAGGAGUUGGCGAUGACGGAGAAUUUCAAGGGAGGAUUGGCGAGUGUUUUUAAAGGGGAAUAUGUUGGAGCUUACAUGGAUGUCCAGUAUUACAUGCUGAAGAAUAUGGCACAGAUUUUAGAUAGCGCGCAUUCGAAAAUCGAGAAUGGUGAGGCAGAAGACUUCACGUUGGUGGCGAAUAUUCUGCGAAUGCUAGAAAUGGUGCAGAUGCCGUAUGUUGCAGAAGACAUUACGGCGUUUCUUGUCGACCCGAAGGAUGCCAACUUGCCAACUCAGGAACUGGUAAGUAGCGAUGAUAAAAGUGAUGAAGAGGAAGAAAAUGCUUUUUUUACCGUCGGAGCAAAGCGAAAGGCUGGGUCUGACUCAAAACCGAAGAAGACAAAGGAGAAUAGAGGCUUGCGCAGUGUGAAACAGCACCAGCAUACUUUUAGUCUGGCAUGGAUUGCUUUGCUACGUCACAAGCUGCCGCAGGCUUCAUACCAGAAAGUAUUGGUGAAAAUGCCGGACGAGAUCAUGCCGCAUCUUGUGAAUCCGCUACUGCUUGCAGACUUCCUGACUGAUUCAUACAGCAUCGGUGGUGUGACGAGUCUUUUGGCACUGAACAGUCUAUUUAUCCUCAUUCAGGACUACAACUUUGACUUGCCUGAUUUUUACACCAAGCUGUAUGCUCUGCUAGACGAUCCAUCAUUGUAUUCGGCCAAGCAGCGUGACCGCUUUUUUGGGCUGUUGAACCUUUUCCUUUCGUCUACACACUUGCCGGCAUACAUGGUCGCGGCUUUCGCCAAGCGCUUGUCGCGCAGAGCGCUGACGGCUGAGCCGGGCGCUAUUUUGUUUAUUCUUCCGAUGGUUUACAAUUUGAUUUUGCGCCACAAGGAAUGCUUGCAGCUCAUUCACCGUACCGGUGCUUUUACCGCAGCAGAGCAGGCUGCUAAGCGCCGAGAAGAGUUAUCAAGCAGUACUGCUGUUGAUGCCGCAGCUAAUCAGUUGUCCAACAAAACCAAGGAAAUCAUUUUGAAGGACGGCCACGAUCCAUUCGUGAACGACGAGCUUGACCCUGUGAAGUGUAACGCUUUACAGACUUCGCUAUGGGAGUUAUACACGAUGAAGUAUCACUAUAACGCUGACGUUGCAGUGAAGGCACGGAUGUUUGAGGAACAGUUGCGUCAUCAAUUUGUCGAUGUCAAUAUGAGCAUGGAGAUCACUUACAAGAGCCUUUUUGAUAAGCAGCUGAAGCGUAAGGAGAAGGGCAAUGUUUCGCUGGCGUAUCAGACCUGCAACGCACUCUUCUUGAACGGUGUCAAUGGUGAUGAGUGCGAAAGCAUGGACGAAAAAAGUGUAUUUGCUCAGGUAUUUGAGCUUUAG